AAUAGCUUAAUUCCCUCAGGUAUGCCUCCUCAUUUUUUAAAGUUUAAAAUUGGUUGUAUAAUUAUGUUACUUAGAAAUUUAGAUAUCAAAGCUAGGUUAUGCAAUGGCACUCGAAUGAAAGUUUGUGCUCUUCAAAAUAAUUAUAUUGAUGCAGAGGUUUUGACAGGUGUUUCUGCUGGUAAACGGGUAUUUGUACCUCGAAUUCAGUUGGCUCCGUCAGAUUCUAAUUUAUCUUUUGUUCUAAAACGUCGCCAGUUUCCUGUCAGAUUGGCAUAUUCAAUGACAAUUAAUAAAAGUCAAGGUCAAACAUUUGAUAGAGUUGAUGUAUAUCUAAAGAAACCGUGUUUCACUCGUGGUCAACUUUAUGUUGCAUGUUCAAGAACUAGAGCAUUUAAUAGUUUAUUUUUAAAAAUUGAUAAACAUCCCAUUCAAAGUAUGAUAGGUGAAAAGUGUUACACAAAUAAUGUUGUAUUUUCUAAUGUUCUUAAUUUAUAAU